UGUUUCGUUAACCAACUAUUGUAUCUUCGCCGUGUUUAUUGUUGUAACAAGUCACAUAUUAAUAUAAACAAUACAAUACAUAUAGAGAAGACAAGAGACAAAUUGCAAAAUUAGUAAUGAAUUUAAAGCAACAGCAAUAUCCGUUAACAAUGUCAUAGUAGAGCUUUGUAUUAUGUUUAAUAAAUUUAUUCAAUUUUAGAAUGAUUAGUGUUGAUAUUUAUUAUAAAAUUAUCAAAAGAUUACGUAAAAAACAUGAAAGAAUUAUUUAUUAAAUUAUUACUAUUAUGCGCUUUGUUGAAAAGUUCUCUAUCGUUACCAUUAAUUGUGCCUGAAGAGUUACCAUCUAUUCUUUCCUUGGUCUAUUCAAACAUUCCUCCUAUCAAAAAAGGUACGGAUAGCAGAGUAGGUUUUGGGUUUCGUCUUGGUGAACAUGCUGACUUUCAAGUUUUGUUCGAAAUUGGACCUCAAACGAAUACAAAACCUAUUGGAGGAGAGGCUUCAAGUGAUCGAAGACGUUAUGCAGAAGUUUCCACAAAAUCAUCAAAAAUUUCAAAUUCAUCAUUUAAGGAGAAUGUAAAAGAAGGAUCUUGGAUGGAAAAAUGGUCAAAAAAUAAUGGAGUUCAACUUGAAACACCACAAAAGAAACAGGAAAAAGAUCAGCAACAAAAGAAAACUGCUAUAAAAAAUGUGACUGUUGCGCCUGAAACUGUAAUGCAUUUAUAUCAACUUUUCGGAAGUCAGCAUGCUUUAAGCAAAACUUCAACAGAAAACGUUGAAAACACAACGUCGUUACCAAAGCAGAAAGAUUUGAAGAAAAUCUCAGCUGAAUUAGCUAAUGUUGAAUUUGACGAUUUUUGAAAGCCGAAAAAUUAUAAUGUAAAUAUUUUGGAAUUUAAGGAAAAAAUCAUGAAUUGGUGUACAUAGAAAUAGUUAAAAUGGACAGUUACUUACUA